AGGCAAUCACGAAGAUUUUCGAUACUGAAACGAGAAGAUGCGCCUCACUUUGAUUGUUUGGGCCUCAGCCUUGUACAAACCACCCCAAGCUCCAUAUUCAUCAUUUAAGUCAUACCUAUUUGAGUUUUUAUGAGACAGUGAACUUCAUUUGUUUGAUUAGUAAAAAUUAAGCACUAAUUUGGAAACCUACUCUUUGCUUUUAUUCUUCAAAAACCUAUUCUUGCAGUGUUUCUUCUCCAUUUAUUUCCUCUCUCUUUCCUCUGUGCUAGCCAUGAACCCAUCCGAUUUCUUCACUUUCCAAAACCCUAAUUCUAUUCCCAACGUCACCUGCAAUUUCGCUCCUCUUGGUCUCACUUUUCAGAACCCAACCAUUCCUCCUCCUCCUCCUUCUCCUCUUCCAUUAAAUCUGAACCAGGCCAUCGAAACCCUAAAGAGCUCCAUCUCCAACGCAAAAGAUGCCCUAAAACGAGUUUCGGGGUUCCUCAACUUAGACCAAACCCUAAUUCGUCAUGAGCUUUCGACGUGCCCUUUUAAUUCAAACCAUCGUAUGCCUUCUCAGCGUCUCUUUCGCCAUUCUCUCACCUGCAAUUCGUCUCCUGGUGCCCUAGGCGUAGACAAUCUCGGCAAUCUGAAAUACCCGAAUUCUCUGAAAUCGGAGAAAGAAUUAAAAUCUGAAGUUCAGUUGUUUCAUGAAAUUCAUGGUGUUGAAUCUGACUUGUGCUUUUCUUUGGACGAUGGUGGUGGUUUCAGUGCAAAUUUCUUUUACAGGGAUUGCCCUGGUGUGGUAAGCUCUUCUGAACCAGAAACCAAGAAGACUUUUACUCUUCCUUCUAUUUUGUCCAGAGAAUGUGUUAAUUUAGCUGGAAAUUGUGAUUUCAAGCCCCAUGGUGAGUUUCCAUGGCUUCUUCCUUCUGAACUCUGGUAUAUGAGAAAGGAAUCAGGGGGUUGGAACGAUUAUCCUCUCUGUUAUUCUUAUGCUUCUCUUAAGGUCUCUUCUUGCUUGUCAAUGGUUUCUAAGCCUGAAAUGGUGAAAUGGGUACUUAAGAAUUCACCUUUUUAUGGUUCUGUGAUUGAUAAUCCAAUGGGCGAGCACAUAUUUCUGCUGUUGAAACUUUGCUUUAAAGCCAUUUCUAGAGAGGCUUCUUCUUCCCUAGAGCUUCAUCAGAACAGGGAUGAGAGGGAUAAGGGUUUUGAUAUAAAAACUCUGAGUUUCAAAUGUCCAGUUCUUGCAGAAAGCUUAUCAUGGCUGGGUUCUCACCUAUCAGUCUUGUAUGGCCAUAACAAUGGCAAGGUAUUUGCUAUCCAUGUACUUAAAGAGAGUUUAUUCAUUAUGGGUUCUCGGUUAGUACUCUUCCCACUGGGCAAUCCAUCGAUAAACAGCAAUAAGGAACUAGAAACUAAGGGUUCAAAAAAGGAAACUGAUGUUGUGGGCGUAAGUGGUAGUGAUUUGGAUUUGAAAGAUGGUUAUUUGGUAGAAAAACAGGGUUCUGAACUACAAGAAAUUAUUGGGAAAAAAAAUGAUGCCAACUCGGGUAUGAAUUCUGAUGAAGAUUUGAUUGGGCAAAGAGUCUUUGUAUCACAAAUAGCAGCAGCCAUUGCAGCUUUGCAUGAACGAUCUUUCUUAGAGGAGAAAAUCAAAGCGCUGCGCCUAUCGGGACCACUUUCAAAAUCUCAGCUGAUUUCCGAGCAUGAUCAAGUGUCAAGGAUGGCCAAUGAGGAACGGCAAAACCGGCCUGAUUACAGAGCUGUUCUUGAGCAUGAUGGGCUCCUAUGGCAGCGAUCACGCCAUCCGGAUAUGAAUAAGAACAAGACCAGGGAGGAAUUGUUGGCUGAAGAAAGAGAUUAUAAGCGGCGGAGGAUGUCUUAUCGUGGCAAGAAGGUUAAACGAACACCAAUCCAGGUCUUACAUGAUAUAAUUGAGGGACAUAUGGAGGAGAUCGAGUGUGCAGGGGGUAUAGGUUGCUUCGUGAAAGGAUCUGAGAAGCCCACAUCACUUUCUUCAGGAUCAAUUGCAAAUAAUGUUAUUUCAGAAGAUCAUCAUGAGUCACAAAGCCAUACAUAUUCCUCAGGAGAAACCAUCAGACCCCAUAAUCAGAGGAAAUUAUUUAUUGGUAGCUCCAAUGUAUCCUCAACUCGAUCCAAUGGUGUGUCUAUCAAGGACCAAUCUGGCAUGAGCAGUGGACUUGGCAGUCGUUCUAAUUAUCCCAGAGAUGGUGACCAGUGGCAUGGCGAUGAACACUACACAAAGCAUGAGUCACAGGAGGAUCGAAAGAGAAGGGCUUACAGGGAAGAAGAAAAAUACAGUAGUUACAGGUCUAGAAGUCCAUCUCUUCAUACAACUGAGCAACAUUGGAAGAGUGGGAAAGAAGACCGUUGGGGAGAUGAGAGAGAAAGAUAUGACAGAGCAGACUCCAGAACAUCGGAUAGGGAUAAGUAUCAGAAUGGCAGGUCAUCCUCUUAUGCGUCGAGAUCCAGGAAGCUCUCUGAUGGCUCUGCUCAUAGGUCAGAGAGAGAAGAUAGGCAUGGAAGAACGUACCACAUAAGUUUUUCAGAGAAUAAUUUUGAUGAUAGGUAUGAUCCUUCUGGAUCACAUGGAAUGUAUGACGAGGCCUGCAAUAAUGCAUCCUCUAGCAGUAAGUAUGAAAGAGGAGAUAGGUGGUCCAACAACUAAAACAUUUUUGGAUCUUAAAUUUUUAAUUAUGAGCUUCAAGGAAAUGGGCUUGCCACCAAAUGCCUGCACUUAAGAAUUCAGAGAUUCAUGUAAGAUAUUCAGACUCCAAGAUAUAUAUGCUCAUCUGUAUCCUCCCAUGUAUCCUUAAAAUUAAAUUACAAAAAACUUGUUAUAUUAUUUUUGGAAAUAUUCAUGCAGCAUGAACUUAUUUUACUUAAGUUUCAUUGCUCUAAUAUUUCUCCCUCAGUUAUUAUUUCUGUUCUAGUCAUAUGGUGGAUAUAUUACAGUACUGUUGUUAUUGUAGUUGAAUUACAGUCACUUCUUAGAUGUGGCUACUCACCAGGAAAAUAAAAGUUGUGGUGUCCUCCAAAUUAUGUUCUUUAAGUCAUUUCAUUGAUUAUCUUGAUUUUAUCCAUGGACACAUCCAUCAAAGGAAAUCACUUAAAAACAGGCUGGUGAGUGACUAGUUUGGCAUUUUCCUCUGUGAACUUUCCAUAAAGGUAAAAGACAAGGGAGCCUUCUCUCUGAAUGGAUUUCUAGGGACUGAAUAUAAUGAUGUCAAAACAGAUUAGAAGGACAAUGAAUAUGUGCCUUAUAUGUCUGUCAACAUGCAUAGAAAAGUUGGGUAUCUACAAUUGGACAUCAUGAUAUUGAAGAUGUUCUUGUCAUGGUAAAUAACUGCUAUCUAUUUAUUUUCAAUUGGUAAUGGCUGCUACUGUGUUAAGUAUGGGCUCGAAGUAAAAUGCAUUGACAAAACUAAAUGAGCACAUGAAUCAUAUACCCGUUUGUCUUUUGCCACUAGUGUGCAUUUUAUACUAGGUUGAGCUCUAAGACUGGUCUCUGGGGAAAAUGAAUUAGUGAACACUUCAGAGGAUUUCAUUCCCUUUGAUCCGAUAACCUUUGCCAUUAACAUCCUUUACAAUGAGUUCUUUUGAUCUCAUAUGUUGCGGCGGCUGCUCUCCAGGGGAGUCAGUCAGGAGGUUUUGGUUUCUGUUCAAUUUUUUUUUUGCAGAGAUAUGUGAUUUCUGAAGCAACAUUAUUCAUACUACAUUGCAAUUGAUAUUGUAUGUUUGAUGAACAUUAUUCCAACUUGUAAACUUACCGCUUCCUUUUUCUCAUAAUGUGCGUUCAUCUAGUGUAUCCUCCUGCCAGACUUCUUCCAACAAUAUAUACAUUUAUAAGUUUUUGAGUCCCUUCUUGUCUUAGAGUUGAUUAGAAUUUAUUCCAAGUAGUGUCUGCUUUCCCUUGAGGAGUAGUGCCGGUAGGCAGAAGGUUGUUUGUAGCACUGGUCUUACUUGUAGAGUGAUACAUCAACGAAGGUUGUCAUAAUGGGGGUUUGUGGGAUGAGAGAAGUUCAUGGUUUGGCGCAUUUUUUUUCUUUUUUUUUUUGUUUCUCUAACCUUGUUUGGUGUUAAAAAGAUGUUUGAGACUCGAGUGUUAGUGAGAUGUGAUAUGCUUCAUGGUUGUCUUGCUAUAUCUAUCUUUCAUAUUUUAUUUUUUUGAUAUGAAUCUAUUAAGCAUCUUGCCAACGUGAAGGGUCCUAGGCAAUCAUGCAAAAUACUACCAAGAAUUUUUCGUGGAAACUUUAAAUAUGUUUUUGGGUCAUUAAAGAGGGCUUCCCUGAUUAUCAAUACUGUGCAGGUAUUGGACGUUUUUCCUUUUCUCCUUUUUGUUACUUCUUCCAUUGUUUCUACGGAGUGUCUUCCAAAUUACAAGUUUUUGGGAAAAUAUAUUGCUACCAAGGAACUAGAUAGAAACUUGGUAACUUUGCUGUUUCUCUUGUAAAUAUAUUUUGGAAUAGACGUUUGGGACACGGAAAGAGUGGCAAAUAAAGCUCCCCUAUAAUGGAGGUUUGGUUAACGACAACGGAUGCUUAAAGGUUUAAUGAUACCUAGCAUUGAGGGUGGUUUUCUCAUCAACAUGUGUUUCUUGUGCAGGGAGAGAGCUCAUCUAGUUGAUAUUCAAUUAUGGUGUGGUUAUUAGUCUUCUAGGCCAUGGGAGCUUAUUGUUUACCUCAAUCAUAGAUGUUUGAUAAUGCUUGAGUUCUUUCCUAUUGCAGGUUUGGAUUUUGGUACAAUGCAGCGAAAGGGGUUAUAUCCGUUUUGGGAAAGAAGGUGUGAUGCCAUCUUCAGAUCUCAAAGCAUGGAGAAGCAAGAGUUUUUUGAGAUUGUCAGUUGAUGUUUUGUGAUUUCUCCCUAGAGAAGGGCGCCACAGAGGAGGCUUAUGCUUUUCUGUCAUGGUGUUAGAUGAGGUUUGCACCAGUGAUUCAAAUAUUGGAAUCAAGCUUUUAUCUCUUCAUCGAUUUGAGCCCAUAUUGUGCAGGUCCGACUUGGGUAACUCCUAUGUUAAGUGGUCUAUAUUUUACAAUAGAAAGAUAUAACAAGGUGAUUCCAAGGUGAAACAAUCCUUUAAAUUAUGGAAUAUAGAGUUUGACAUUUUUCAGA